UUUAGCCCAGAAGAAUUCGAGCAACGUAUAGACUCCGAAUUGGCAGCAUUGGAUUCUCUGCCAGCCGACGAAACCAGACUGCACCGUUUUAGUGUGAUCUCCGAGGACCUGCUCGAGUUCUCCGACAACCUCAUCGACUGUGACGCUACGGAGUAUCGACAGAACGCCCAAGAGAGCAGCGACGCUCCGUCGACAAACUCGUCGACGGAGCGUCUUCAGAGAAAGAUCAGUGUCGAGUCAAAGUGCUCCCUCAGGAGUUCCACCUCCAAGUGUGUACAAGAGAACGAGACUUACGAGACCAGCAGAAACACCACUCCAACAGGGUCCAGUGGCAGGUCUGAGGACUUCGUACCUUCUAGCAAGCUCCAAACCACGAGGACACCGUUGAUAGAACGGCCUUCGAAUUAUACAAUGCAGUUCGGCUAUGGUGAAUAUUCAGAGAACGGCCAAAGUAGGUGUAGCGCGAGUAAACAACAGCAGGAAACCGUACAAUCGAAAGAGUCUUCCAACAUCGAUGCCAACGACACCUUCCACUCUCCAGGUCUGGCGAAACCAUACAACAGACUGUCCAACGAGAAGGUACUUGGGCGGACCAGCGACUUGUCUCGACAGUCCGAUCACGUUUCCUGCGAGGAUCUCCUGGAGUUUGCCUGCGACGGGCCAAACGCCAGGAGAACGCGUGGUCCUAGGAACGGAGAGCAGUCGGACGAAGUAAGGAUCAUGAUGAAAGUAUUACACGAACAGUCGACGCCCGAGUCUUGCAUCGCAGCAUUGAACGUCACCAACUGGGACGUCCUGGCAGCGAUCAAAUUGGAGCGUCUUCAAAGUUUGUUGAAGAAGGAGAACAACUUUGUAGGCCUCGAAGACUGCAAAGUGAUGUUGAACCAGUGCGGUGGCGACGUCGUGAAGGCGGCAGCGUUGCUGAGAAAUACGGACGACACUACUGCGGUUUAGUCGAUGUUUCGGUGAACGAGGUUGCGUUAGGUCUGGAAUUCGACACGAGCCUAUUUUUGGGGAGUAAAUAGCAUUUUCUGAAAUACCUUUCAGUUAGAUAGAUCAUGACCCCUUUUUCUUGUAAUGUCUUCGUUCCGCUGUGUGUAGAAAGGAUAGAUCAAUUGAAGCGUUUAUUUAUUACUUUAGGAUUACUCGAAGGAGAAUAGUAUUUGGGAAAUAUUCUUUCUGCUGAGAUGAGUCUUAUCAGGAGCACACGUAGUCAGAGGAGAAAUAGUGUCUCUCAAACUUCUUUAGCUUAAUUUAAUUGUUAUCGAAGGAAAUAAACUAUUUCUUUCUCUCCGUUGUCUAUACGAAUGUAAUGUGAUAAUAUGCACAAUAAAUGUAACGUGGAAUAGUAGCAUAACCCCCGAUAUAUAUAUAUAUAUAUAUAUAUAUUCGUAAAUAAUAUAUAUGUAUGUAUGUAUGUAUGUAUGUAUGUAUACAUAUACGUAUAUGCAUAUAUACAUAUUGCAAACUAAUGUUAGGUGAGUGUUAAGAGAAAGUAUUACAAUGCCUAUGCCUGAGCAGCGAAUAAUCCUUGUAUCUCGCGAGUAUGGUGAUGACUCUCUAAGUUCUGUGUUUGGUUUACCACCACUCAUAAUUAUUUUUAGGAGACCAUGUAUUUUGUAUAAGACAAUCAUUUUUCUAGUAUUCAUGAUCCUGAACAAUAUUCACACUCGAAGCACCACCUUAUAAUACUUAAAAAAGAAAAACACAUGUUUCCCUGCUGAAACAUGCUUCGAUUCCAAAGAUAAUAUUCUCAUGGUAUUAUUGUUUGGCAUCAUACGCACUAUACUUUAGUGGUUCGAUCGUAAUCGAUCGCACGUUAUUUACGUAGAUGGUUACGAGAACAAAGAGACAUUGAUUGCGAGCAGAUUGGAGACUCUUUGUCUUAUGAGCAAAAUAACCCUAUAGAUAAGUCGUAGAUUUAGAUGUGUCGUGUAUAGCGUAAUCGGAAGGCUAGCACAAAAGUGAGAGGAGGGUUGCUUGUUAUUGGUAUUUUGCUACAGUUCUAGAUCUUUGGUAGACAUUUUGGCAACACGGAACCUUUAGUAGGGUACGAUUAGCACCAAAUAUUACGUAUGGAAUCACUGUGUUCAGUAAGAUUGUUUUUUUAUAUUUUUGUAGAGAACUUUGUUAAGUUGUAAGAAAUUUAGCGACUGAAACGAUUCGACCAGAAGGCAAAGAGUACGGCGAAGUUCAAAUUAUCGUUUAUUCUCUGUUUCAACUUCGAUUGGUAGUAGAGUUUCUCAGAGAUCAUGCAACCCGAAGAUCCAACGUCUAUAUUUGCUAUAAGUUAACAUCUUCUUUGGAUUGUAUGAAUAUCGAGACACUCUUGACCGUCUUUAAAAAUGUUCAGCUGCCGCAAGUGUCGAGAAACAUAUCUACAAUCGAAAUUCACUCUGACUAAGGCGAGAACGUUAGUCCUUAUUGAGAAGUAUUUUUCCAUGCAUCCGUUUUUUACCAGAGCCUUUUUCUACGACCCACCUUUGAACGUUCGCCGCAGGCAGAGUGAACUUGACGAAUAAAUUUGCUCACUAGCGACCUACGCGCGUUUAUAAACUUUUACUGAGAGAAGAAAUUAAUUGUUAAUCGGAUAAGUGCAUUCGUAUCCUUCAAUGAAGCCAAAUAAGAGCUUACAAAAAUCGCCUAAGUAACUUUUACAUUUAGCCUCCUUUUUUGUAAUAACAUUGAGCAAUAAGGUUUUCGGUUCCUGAAUAAAAAUACGCGUAUCAUGUA